GAGAUUCGCUUCGCACCAUCUCAAGAGCUGUAUGGGGUUAGUGCUUGAUGUGGCAGUCUUCUUGCGAUCCGAUGGGCGGAAGGAUGGGCCAAAAUUCAGCUGUACUUGGUAGGAGAUUCAUCCCUGCCUUUCAGACUCCUAAGCUAUGGGGUUCUGGGAUGUCUAGACGAGCACCAGCCAUCCGAGUCCUCGCCAGCAAGAAGAGCGAAGUAGCCCAGGAGGCUCUGAUAACCGCACCAAUCCAGGUUCAGGGACAGGAGCAGCUGACACCUGUGGAGAAACUGCAGAUGGCUCCAUUCUGGUCCACAUUCUGUGGAACAUCCAACGGCGCCUGGCAGGGGGUGCAAGCCGCCUUCUCUCCCCUCACAGGUGAGGCCGAGCCUGUGGGCUUGGAUAACAAGGGGGAGCCGGUCUUGGACGUUCGCACGAGCACCCUUGAAUCCAGGGAAUUGGAAGAAGACGAUGACAGGGUUGUCAGGCGAAGCCUGCGCGCAGCUUCUGCGCAGGCGCUGAGAGACAUCGCUGCGAAGGACGAGUGGGAGGAGGAGAUCAUCUCCAGUGAGGAGGAUGGCCUGGUGUUCUUUGACGGGGGGACCUACUCUAGGGGACCCUCCAGCCUGCUAGCUGAGGAGGUGUUUGAGGGGGGGGACCUGCUGCAAGCAGACAAGGAGAGGCUGGAGCGACGGCUCUCCUUGGAGGCGAGCACGUUGGAGGGGUCUGUCAAGGAUGACACGGCCGAGGAUGAGGUCAUCAGGGCGGAGGCUGACGUGGGCGAUGACUCAGCGGGGGUCAGGCGCGUGUGGCUGCUGGAGCAGUGCCUGGCCUGGGGCGGGGAACACCGCCUGAGACUGCGCCUCACCCUCGCAGCCUUCCCAGGGGAGAAGGAGUUGGAGGUUGAGGUCUUGCGCAUAGCGGUGCUGAGGGAGGCGUGGCAGUGCCUGGCGGAGGAUGACUCACCCGCCUGCGUGGCAGACCCCUCCCAGGUUCUCCCAGAGGUGUCCACGGGCGCUCGCAGCCAGCCGCAGGACCUCAAGGGAAGCUGGAAGGUCUUUGAUGUCAGCGCCUCUCCGGUGCCAGACGACGCCUCGCCAGAUGAGGAGCCCGGCACGGUGCUGGUGUAUUUCAGCAGUGAGACGGCGCAGGAGUGGGGGCCCGGGCGGGGGGACCCGGGGGACUGCGGUGGCGCCUUCUGGCUGCCGGGCAAUGCUCUUCUCGAGCUGCGCAUGGUGCCCCCCGUCAGCCGGGGACGCGCAGCUGACGCGCAGGAGGGAAUGGAAACUGAGGGGCAGGGCCGAGGCCUGUGUGUAUCCUUCCACUGGCUAGUCAACGAACGCACCCUUAUAGGCUUGCAACGGGAGUACAGCGCAGACGGAUUACUGAUGGAGGUACGCAGCCGGACGGCCGUCAAGGGAGGCUGGGUCGGCGGCCGCAUGUGA